AUGGUGAAACUACAAGCAGCUACAGUCUCGAAUCAAUUGGUCUCCAAAAAGCGAAAGCGAGCCGCGAAACCGCCACAAGAAGAAGAAGAGGCAAUUGUUACAUCAGAUGUAGACAAGCCGUCUGAAGCAACUUCAGUGCCGACUAAGACGCACGAUGGCGGCAAGAAACCUCGUCGGGCUCCCAAGUCCGGAGCGCCGCCGACUCUGCAACGACGAAACUCUUCAACUCUUGUCGAGACGUCAAUACCAUGGCCGACAGAAUUCAACAAGAUCGCACAAACACACAAAGCGCUGAACCUGGUGUAUACAUUCUGCUGCACGCGUAAGCAUCUUGCUACUACGUUUGAGAAUCUGAAAAGCACUGUCGAAGCUAGCAUAAAGAGGCCAUUGAGCAUUGCAGAGGUUGCCAAAGUCAAGACGCUUGUGCCGCACGCGAUUAAUUUCCAAUAUGUAGACGAGACACUACUUCAAGUGGCUCUGAUGGGCGAGGAGGAUCUUAGAAAGGGUAGGGCGACGAGCGACAUGUUUCCCUCCAAUCCGGCCGAAGAGCGAAAUGUCAAAACCGGCUUAGGGAAAGACGAACACGUGGAAGUGCUUUUAUUCGAAUUCAUCGAUGGAGAUUUGAAGCGACAGGUCACGAAUCCAAAGACCGGCGAAGCAGUGAAGGCGACGCGCAAGUUGCGUGAAGAAGAAUUGAAGAUGCCUGUGUUUAGCCAGAAACAGAUGACCAAGCUUAUCGAAAAGCGCAAUACGAAAUUUACAUCCGCAAUCAAUGCUUGGCUCAACGACUGUGCUGCAAAAGGGGUCGAUGCGGUGAAGGAGCUGGAGGAAGAGCACAAGAAAUUCAUCCCACAGACGGCUGAAAGUAGAAGUUCGACUCCAGCACCAGACUCAGCAAAGGACUCGCUUCCAAAGACGAUACCGGAUGAACGUCAAAGCAUCUCCGAAAUCGUGGAAGAGCUCAAGGGUCUGGAAUGGUACACCGGGCAGAUCGUACCUGAUGGCCAUCGUGUCUUCGAUCCCCAGCAAGCCAUCUAUGGAGAAUUAAAUUUCGAGCUUAGUCAAAGCUUGGUAGACGCGCUAUACAAUACACGCAACAUACAACAGCUAUACAGUCAUCAGACCGAGGCAAUAAAUGCUUUGAAUGAAGGUCGCAAUGUCAUCAUUGCAACAUCAACCAGCUCUGGCAAAUCCCUAAUUUACCAGCUUCCGGUGCUACACGCACUGGAGCGUGACCCCGAGACGCGAGCCAUGUAUAUUUUCCCAACCAAAGCUUUGGCACAGGAUCAGAGGAGAAGCCUGAAAGAAAUGCUUACCUAUCUUCCUGGUAUGGAGGAAGUCGUCUGCGAGACAUUCGAUGGAGACACACCGUUUCUAGAACGCAAUCGAAUUCGCGACGAAGCGAGAAUCAUCUUCACAAAUCCGGAUAUGUUGCACUUGACUAUACUACCGCAAGAGGAGAGCUGGCGACACUUCCUGCAAAAUUUGAAAUACGUCGUCAUGGAUGAAUUGCAUGUUUACAAUGGACUUUUCGGCGCCCAUGUUGCGUUCAUCAUGCGAAGAUUGCGGAGGAUCUGUGCUGCCGUUGGCAACAGACAUGUGAAAUUUGUUUCGUGCUCGGCAACAGUGUCCAAUCCUGAAGAACACAUGAAGACCAUCUUCGGCAUUGAAGAAGUCAAACUCGUCGAUUUCGAUGGCUCGCCGAGCGGAAGGAAAGAGUUCCUAUGUUGGAACACUCCAUUCAAGGACCCGGGCGAUCCGUCCAGCGGGAGGGGUGACACACAUGCAGAGACUGCAAGGCUUUUCUGUCAACUCAUCCUUCGGGGUGUGCGAGUCAUUGCGUUCUGUCGAGUGCGAAAGCAAUGCGAAAUUUUGACAACAUCCAUCAAAAAUGAGCUCGCGAGCCUUGAACGACCCGAAGUUAUGGCCCGUGUGAUGGCGUAUCGAGGUGGCUACACUCCACAAGAUCGACGUCGGAUUGAAAAGGAGAUGUUCGAAGGCAAGCUUGUAGGCAUCAUCGGCACGUCUGCUCUUGAGUUGGGCGUGGACAUUGGAAGCCUUGAUGCUGUCAUUACUGUCGGCUUUCCCUACACCAUCGCCAAUCUACGGCAGCAAUCUGGCCGUGCGGGAAGACGAAACAAAGACAGCUUGUCUGUGCUCGUUGGGGACUGCUUUCCGACUGAUCAGUACUACAUGGAGAACCCUGACGAGAUCUUCACAAAACCAAAUUGCGAAUUGCAGGUCGAUUUGGGGAACAUGCUGGUGGUGGAGGGGCACAUCCAAUGUGCUGCUUUUGAGGUACCGAUUCGAGCUGACGAGGAUAAGGUUUAUUUCGGUAAACAACUCGAGGAGAUUUGCACAGAACGAUUGCGAAAGGAUAAUUUGGGCUUCUAUCAUACUGACGAGCGGUUCUUACCCCAUCCGUCGCGAACGGUCGCUAUUCGAGAUACAGAAGACAGCCAUUUCGCGAUUGUUGACACGACAAAUAAUAGGAACAUCGUGCUUGAAGAGCUCGAGGCCAGUCGUGCAUUUUUCACCAUUUACGAGGGCGGGAUCUUUCUACAUCAGGGCCAGACCUAUCUCGUCAAAGAGAUGAACACCGAACGAAUGAUCGCCAAAGUCGAAUAUGUCAAGGUGGACUGGACUACCCAGCAGCGCGACUUUACUGACAUCGAUCCCAUUGAAACGGAGGCAAUUCGUCGCAUACCAGGUUCCCGCAGUCGUGCGUUCUUCGGCACCAUCAAAGUGUUGAAAAACGUUUUCGGCUUUUUCAAGGUGGAUAAGAAAAGACGCAUCCUCGACGCUGUGCAAGUGGACAACCCACCCAUCAUCAUCUUCAGCAAGGGCAUGUGGCUCGAUGUGCCCAAGUCAGCAAUCGAGAUCCUCAAUUCUCGGCGUCUCAAUGUGGCUGCCGCGAUCCAUGCCGCUGAACAUGCCAUCCUCAGCCUCAUGCCCAACUUUGUCAUCUCCAUGCCGGGCGACGUCAAGACGGAGUGCAAGGUUGCCAUCAAGGAAUUCGCCAAGAAGGAGACUACGCGCAAGCGACCCGCACGGUUGACAUUCUACGACGACAAGGGCGGACAACACGGCUCAGGAAUCGCCGCCAAAGCUUUUGAAUUCAUCGAUCUUCUCCUCAAUCAAGCCUGCGACCGUGUCGAAGCGUGCCAUUGUUAUGAAGGAUGUCUGGAAUGCUGCUGUAGUGAGCGAUGCGGAGAGGCCAACCAAGUCAUGUCCAAAGCCGGCGGCGAAGUCAUUCUGAAAUCUUUCCUCGGAAGGGAGAUCGAUGUCGAUAAUCUACCCUGGGGCCCUGAAGAUGAACGGGCUCCUGCCGGAAUCGAGACGGUCAUCCUUGCGGAAGAAGUGAGGCCUCGAGCGGGAAGAGUGGUAGACAUUAUUGAAACGAGACGCGAGGGCGGUCGAGCGCAGAAUGUCGUCGUUGCUACACAACGGGUUAGCGAUACUGGAGACGAAAUCCUCGUCAAAGAAGAACCGACGGACGAUGAUUGA